GUUCACAAUGACUGCGGAUUCACUCCGCGAACGACUGAAAAGUCAAAAUGCAGACUAUUCAUUACUCAACACAUCACAGGCAUCAAACCGGUCAGCAUUUGAAGACAAAAUGUCCCCAGUGUGCAAGAGCAGAUAUGUGAAUGAUAAUCAGAGACUAGAACAAUCGAGAAUAACAAUGCUGGAAACCAGGAUCAAAUGGCACAUCAUUCUCUUAACUGGCUUCUCUAUUGAUCAUUUGGUGCUCAAUUCAUCGUUUACCUCUGCAAUUCUUCUUUUCGGAUUCUUUCCCUCCUACGUAAAUUCUAGUAUUUCACUAUUCGUCAUAAUUUAUUCAUUGAUUAUGAUUGCAUCGUACGCGUUUGAGAUCAAAUUCCCGAAUGCCCUGAAGCAGCUGGUUUACAACAAAGUUCAAUCAAAACCACCACGUCCAGAAUCAUCAAAAAGUACACCAAUAGUGCCCGAUGCUCAGAAUGUGCUCGACACAAGUGUACAAAGCAAUGACCUUUCUUGGGUUGAUGCUCACCGUUUCGGUACUCCAUCAUUCAAAUCAAGCCAACUUCAACAAUCUCCUUCUCCAAACAAGAAGUCACCUUCAUAUUCACAAGUGAUGUCAAAUGUUUCAGUCUCAGACACUUCGGGAAUUCUGGAGGAUACCAAAGGGGGAUGGAAAAGCCCGGCAGUUUAUGGAAAAUCUAAUGAAUCGAUUCAUACAAGAAAACAGCUUGAUGUGCUUCUCCGAUCUAAUCAGGAUGAGAUUCCAGUCGAUAUGAAUACUUCUACAUUUUCUUCCAUUUGGAGUGUAUUUGGUUUAGGACGCAGUGGUCAGAUAAGUGCGAAUAACACUUGGCAGGUUUCUGAGGAAAUCACGAAUGAUGGGAAUACUAACUCAUCAUACCGAAUGAAAAUUGGUAAAAAUGGAAGAACGGAAGUAAAAAUGUUGAGACGUGGCAAAGAUGGAGAGAUCGAGGAAGAGGAUGAAGACGAACUUGUCCGUUUGCAUAAAAUACUGAAUGCGGCGAAGUUAACUCCCGAAGGAAAGACUGGAAUUCUGAAACGAAGCAAUUCAAUCGAUCGUGCCGGGAUUCGUAGUCGGCGUAGAUCUCAUAGUUCACCUGAACGAUCUACUAGUACUGAAAAUGAAAUCAGAUACCAAACUGGAGAAUUAUUAACGGAAGAUCAGCAGAAAAGAGCCGAGUUUAUGACUAGAGCCUGGAUUCGCAACACAAUUCUCGAACCAUUGGCCGAACACAUUGAUAAAGUCAAUAAAAUACUCGAUAAAGAGCAUGCAAAUCCUCCACUUCGUGUUGGAGUAUCUUCUGUUGAUGCUCUGAAACUUGCAGCAAUUGAAAGAGAUUCUCUCAAAUCUUCAGAUCUUCCAUUCCUUCUUCCAUUCCUCAGUGUCCAUCCAAAUCAAAAAUAUCUGAUCAGUCGAAUCAAAGAGCUUUGUGCCACUCAAUUUAUGGAUGCAUACAAAUGGAAUUCGGGUGGUUCAGAGCCAACCGAUGAUAACGAUCAAAUGACACGUCUUGUUCGCCGUGAAUGGAAUGAUUCGUUGCCAACUGAUGCAGUUCUCGUAUUCGACAUUUUUCUGGCUUAUAUGGAUGCUCAACUCAAUUCCAAUUGUCUCGUUGGAGAUAGUCGCCUUGACCAGCCAUUCACCAGCCGAUUCUGUGUCAAAAAUGCUCAAAAACCAUCAUCUGCUCAACGUACUCCAUUCAGUUUCUAUCUUCACAUGGUUACAAAAUCUCCUCCACACGCUGAAUUUGUGCACAUUGAUGAAAAUGGAUAUGCAAUUAAGUGCAACGUUCUCCGUCAAUCACCCAAUCUCUUCCGUGCUAUCGCUCAAUUUAUUCAUUUUGUGAAACAUGAAAAUCAUGGAUAUCUGGAUCAGACCUCAAUCGGACCAUCAGGAAUUAACAUGACAUACGUCCUGGCGUGAAAAAUUCAAUUCAAGUUUUUAUAUGAUGUUUAUUAUCGUAUCCUUUAACAGGUUUUUAUUUUCUCCCGCUUUGUUUUGUUGUUCUUUUGUUACGAUCUCUCGACGACCACCCACAUGAAUCAAUUAUUUUUU